AAUGGAAUGUAAUAAAACGAUGAAUGUAAUGAAGAAACGUGGAAGGCAUUCGAAUGAUAUAAGAAAUGCUUGUUUAGAAUUAUUAAUAUAAAAUUUGCCUUCACGGAGGUGUGGUAAAUUGCAUUUAAUUACGAGGUAACUUGAAAGCGAAAAUGUUCUAUCUGUUUCAUUCCAUUCCAAAAUUAUAUUAACUCUCCUUCAAUUUUAAUUUUUUUCGCAUUCAUUUAUUUGAAUUUUUAAUUAAUUUCGUGUCAAACAUUAAUUAUAUAGAUUUUCUUUUUUCAAAAAUGAUAAUCUUUGUUUUCUCUACGAAUGAUCGGGAAGCCUGUGAUACCAACCAACGAGAAACAAUUAAUGGAACGGGUUCAUUUACAAAUGGUUUGUCGCAUUUUGGCAUUAUUCGUGCCGAAUUUUUUGCGAAUUUCAUGUGAGGUCAUCGGGCGUAAAUUAAACAACACGUUGUGUGUAUGCUGGAAAUAUUUCUGUUGUGAUAAAUAUUUUGGAACGUAGCGUGUUACACUUGAGAGUUUUUUGACAUAGGUUAUAUAUUGUGUGGAAGGCUCCAAAUAAGUGGACGUUCAACGUUAGUGUUGAAUUAUGAAUGAAGGUAGCAAAUAUUGAAGAAUGCUAGUCUGGAUUGACAGUAAUACCCAUCGCAACGCUGCUUUUCAAACAGAAGACGCAUUUUUCUUGUGACCUAUCAAUUCAUGGAGAGCGCGAUAUUUUGAAGAUUUGUGUGUCAUUAUUUGCAAGGAAAUGUAACUUUGUGAUAGAAAUGUAGAAGUCCUCACUCACUCAUAUACACUUCAUAUUGACAUCGGAUGUAGAGAAAUAUAUUCGUCGAGGCCUAACAUUAAAGGCUUGUGAAAUAGUGUAUAUCAGUUCUUUAACAACAUGACAGCUAUGACAACAAAUGCACCUACAUCGGCAGAUGCUUGUCUAAGCAUUGUUCAUAGCCUUAUGUGUCAUCGACAAGGUGGAGAAUCUGAAGGAUUUGCCAAGAGAGCAAUUGAAUCUCUUGUAAAGAAAUUAAAAGAAAAGCGUGAUGAGUUGGAUAGUUUAAUAACCGCAAUUACUACGAAUGGAGCUCAUCCCAGUAAAUGUGUAACCAUUCAGCGUACAUUAGAUGGAAGAUUGCAGGUUGCUGGUAGAAAAGGCUUUCCUCAUGUUAUCUAUGCCCGCAUUUGGAGGUGGCCAGAUUUGCAUAAAAAUGAGCUAAAACAUGUAAAAUUUUGCCAGUUUGCUUUUGAUCUGAAGUGUGAUUCAGUUUGUGUUAACCCAUACCAUUAUGAACGAGUAGUUUCUCCAGGAAUAGAUCUCUCAGGAUUGUCUUUGCAAUCUGGUCCCAGUCGAAUAGUGAAGGACGAAUAUUCAGCUGGUGUAGUGGGUGGUGGGAGUGGUACUGGUAUGGACAUUGACAGUGAUGUGGGAGUGGCACAUUCAGUUCCUCAAACAAUACAACACCAUCCUCCUCCACCUCCGUUUCCCAUGGGUCUACCUCCACAGCAACCAGACUUACUGAAAGCUGUUGAAUUCCUUGUUUUGGCUUGCAUGAAUGAGUCCUUAUGCUCUGCAGGUGAUAUGUCUUUAUUUGGAGCUCCGGGCCGGACCUCUAAGAUGGAGCCACAAUCUGAUGCAUGCCCUCGAUCAUCUUGGGUUCCCACAAGAUUGCCUCAUUCUGAAAGUGGAGAGUAUAGAGAGUACAGUGUAGAACCUACUGACUGUGGUGACUGUUCAGCAGCCCCUGCACCAGGCCAUCCCAUGAUGUCGCCAACACCACAGCCGCCAGCUGCUGGCUCCCAGCCCCCUGGUGGAGCUGCACCUAUAGUAUCACCUGCCCCGGCAGCUGGCUCCAACUUCUUUACAACAGACAAUGGGCUGUCUCCUUCUGCAGACUCCCAGGCACUUGCUGCUACACUGGGAGGAAAUCCACAGCAGAGCACAGAUGGUACAACAGGUGGUUCACAGGGUCCUGUGUCACCUCACCUACAACAGAAUGGCUACACCCCUGCUGGUUCCAUGAGUGGUGCAGCCAAUAGCCAACAACAAGUUCAGCAACAGCAACCAGGCGCUGGGGGCACGUGGACUGGCAACAACACUCUCACUUACACGCAGAGCAUGCAACCCCCAGACCCUCGGGCUCCUCAUACUGGCUUUUGGGGCCACAGCACAGGACCUUUGGGGACUGACGUAGCUCUCACUGGUCUGUUGUCAACACAACCAGCCCCAGAGUAUUGGUGUUCUGUCGCUUAUUUUGAACUGGACACUCAAGUUGGAGAGACUUUUAAAGUACCCUCGUCAUGUCCUAAUGUCACUGUUGAUGGAUAUGUGGAUCCAUCAGGUGGCAAUCGAUUCUGCCUUGGUGCUCUCAGUAAUCUUGAUUUGAGAGGAGAAGGAGACGUGUGGUUACGAUGUCUUAGUGACCACUCUGUCUUUGUACAGAGUUACUACUUGGAUCGGGAAGCUGGCAGAGCACCAGGUGAUGCUGUGCACAAGAUAUAUCCAAGUGCAUACAUAAAGGUAUUUGACCUUCGCCAGUGCCACAGGCAAAUGCAGCAGCAGGCAGCCACCGCGCAGGCAGCUGCAGCUGCGCAGGCAGCUGCUGUGGCUGGCCACAUUCCAGGGCCUCAUUCUGUUGGGGGUAUAGCACCUGCCAUUAGUUUGAGUGCAGCUGCUGGCAUUGGAGUAGAUGAUCUGCGAAGACUCUGCAUCUUACGACUGAGUUUUGUAAAAGGCUGGGGUCCUGACUACCCACGUCAGUCCAUAAAGGAAACUCCAUGUUGGAUAGAGGUUCACCUCCACCGUGCACUACAAUUACUUGAUGAAGUUUUACAUACUAUGCCAAUAGAUGGGCCUCGAGGCAUUGAAUAGAAUGCUUCACUUUAUCAUCUAUUUAUUUGUAUAAUAUGUCAUUUCAUUGAAAUAGGCUUGUAACUAUUGUUCAUUUCUGAGUCUUUCAUUUUGAUGUUAUUUAUUACCUACGAUCUUGUCUUCUUUCUUCAGUGCUUCAUAAUUUAGAUUGUUCAUUGAGCUUGAAGACGUGCUAUUCAUGAUAUAUAAAACACAAGUACCAGUUAAUUCAUUAGAUAACAUGAAUUAGGUUCAUCCAAGAUUAAUUUGAACUAAAUUAUGGAGCAGGGCAUUCACAAUGAUAAGAAUUGAAGGGUUGAGCAUUGGAAAAUUAUUCCUUUGUGGAAUAAGUUCUUGUAAAUUUGCUCCCAAAAUAUGUCAUUAAUUUAGAUAAGUGUUACUUUCAUUGAAAUUGUAAGAAAUUACUGUAGCGAGAGCUUAAACCGAUCUGUAAAGUGAGGUGAAAUGGUACCAGAGAAAAUGGAGGAAAGGUGAAUGACCCCACUUCUACCAUACCAGGGAGAAUGAGUUUGCAAAUACGUUUUUUUUUUAAUAUGAGGAACCCUCAGACCAGAGCUGGAAUUUGAACUUUGAUCAUUCAGAAAACAAUUGCCUGCAAAACAAAGCCAAAAUGGCUUAUAUGCUGAAAUAAGAUUUAUUUGCUUAGAGAUAUUUUCAGCAUUUAUAAUUUGGGACAUAAAUUUAUUCUUCUCUUGAUAUGAAAAUGUGAAGAUCAGAUAAAUAGUGAAAAGUUUUUAAACUUUCUCUAUAUAUUUUAAUUAUUGAUAUUGAAAAUGUCAAUAUUUAAUUCACGUUUAUGAGUCCACUUUUCAUUUGACUGGAACAUUUUUAACAGUGCAGUUGUUAAUAAGUUUUGAAAUAUAAUAUGUUAGGAGACAUUUGGUUGGAUGUACAAUGUGCACUUCUGUCAAUGUGAUUAUUUUAAUUUCCAUCUAUUGCAAAACGCAG